AUGUUCAUGCAGUGCUUUGUCACCGAUCGUUUUUGCGAGCGCCAGAGAAGGUCGCCGCCGUUUUUCCCUGGCUGGAUGUCGGUGCAGCUUGCUAAUCAGUGCGGUGUCCCGUUCUCUCGUGCACACGCCUCGGGGACCCACGAAGAGGGUCACCCUGUCGGUGCCAGUGCGCCGCGGCGGCACGCGGGCCGCGCGAAGCGCAAGCGCGCGUCGGCUCCAUUUCGCAAGCGCCGACGGCAGGUUGGCCCCGCACGGUCCUCAGCGGACGAGGGUAAACGUGGGCCGCUCGCGCAGAAUACAACCGCAUCUUCGUAUACUGCAAACAGCCUGUGCGUAU